UGCCGGUGCGCACCGAGCCGGGGCUGCUGCUGUGCUGCGCCGCGCUGGUGGGAGUCCCGGGACGUCUGCAGAGGGCCGCUUGCUGUCAGGGCCAGCCUAGAGCCCGCCGUGCGCCCGGCCGGUCUCCGGGUUGAGCUGGGGGCAUGCUCCAGCCCCCACCAGAGCCCAGGAGAGAACCCAGGAGCGCCGCCGCCCAGCCCCAGCGCCCCGAGCGGCUGAACCGCUGCCUUCUCUUCUCAGGCAUCCCGAAGGGUUGGCGACCAAAGUCUGGGUUUCUGAGAAAGCCAGUGUGGGAACCUUGACUGCACUCUUCUGGACCUACGGGAAGGAGCUGAGCCAUCAUCACUUUUCCACUUUGCCUACCCCCCAGGACUGGGCAGUUGCUGGAGGCCCUGGGGGGGGGGCUAGGACUGUGGUUGUGCCCCCCCCCACCCGGCAGGAUGGGUCCAACUUAGUGUAUAUCGUCUUACCCAGCCUUCUCCAGGCCCACAGGGGGAUUCAGAGGCUCUGAAAACUUGACCUGCUGUCCACUCACCCACCAUGGAGACCAAGCUGCCUCCUGCAAGCACCCCCACAAGCCCAUCCUCUCCAGGGCUGUCGCCUGUGCCACCACCAGACAAGGUGGAUGGCUUUUCCCGGAGAUCCCUCCGAAGGGCCCGGCCUAGGCGCUCCCACAGUUCCUCUCAAUUCCGCUAUCAGAGCAACCAGCAAGAGCUUACACCACUGCCCCUGCUCAAAGAUGUACCAGCCUCUGAGCUACAUGAGCUGCUGAGUCGGAAACUGGCCCAAUGUGGGGUGAUGUUUGACUUCUUGGACUGUGUGGCUGACCUGAAGGGAAAGGAGGUGAAACGGGCUGCCCUCAAUGAACUGGUGGAAUGUGUGGGGAGCACCCGGGGUGUCCUCAUCGAGCCUGUCUACCCAGAUAUCAUCCGCAUGAUUUCGGUGAAUAUCUUCCGGACUCUGCCCCCCAGUGAAAACCCUGAAUUUGACCCUGAAGAGGAUGAGCCCAACCUUGAACCUUCCUGGCCACAUCUGCAGUUGGUAUAUGAAUUUUUCCUGCGUUUCUUGGAGAGCCCAGACUUUCAGCCCUCUGUGGCCAAGAGAUACGUGGAUCAAAAGUUUGUCCUGAUGCUUCUGGAGCUAUUUGAUAGUGAGGACCCCCGGGAACGUGAGUACCUCAAGACCAUCUUGCAUCGGGUUUAUGGCAAGUUCCUGGGUCUCCGGGCCUACAUCCGUAAACAGUGCAACCACAUUUUCCUCCGGUUCAUCUAUGAGCUGGAGCACUUCAACGGUGUGGCUGAGCUGCUGGAGAUCUUAGGAAGCAUCAUCAAUGGUUUCGCGCUGCCCCUGAAGACAGAGCACAAGCAGUUCCUGGUUCGAGUCCUCAUCCCCUUGCACUCUGUCAAGUCACUAUCUGUCUUUCAUGCCCAGCUGGCAUACUGUGUGGUACAGUUCCUGGAGAAGGAUGCCACUUUGACAGAGCAUGUGAUCCGGGGGCUGCUCAAAUACUGGCCCAAAACCUGCACCCAGAAAGAGGUGAUGUUCCUGGGGGAGAUGGAAGAGAUUCUUGAUGUCAUUGAGCCCUCCCAGUUUGUGAAGAUCCAGGAACCCCUCUUCAAGCAGGUGGCUCGUUGUGUUUCCAGCCCCCACUUCCAGGUUGCAGAGCGGGCUCUGUAUUUCUGGAACAAUGAGUAUAUCCUGAGCCUCAUUGAGGACAACUGCCACACUGUGCUGCCUGCUGUGUUUGGGACCCUCUACCAAGUGUCCAAGGAGCACUGGAAUCAAACCAUCGUAUCACUGAUCUACAAUGUGCUCAAGACCUUCAUGGAGAUGAAUGGAAAGCUGUUUGAUGAGCUCACUGCCUCCUACAAGCUGGAGAAGCAGCAGGAGCAGCAGAAAGCCCAGGAGCGUCAGAAGCUAUGGAAAGGCUUGGAGGAGCUACGGCUACGCCGGCUACAGGGGACUCAGGGGGCCAGGGAGGCCCCCCUCCCACGACCUACACCCCAGGUGGCUGCCAGUGGGGGUCAGAGCUAGACAGCUCCAGAAGGGGAGAAGUUAAACCCAGAGCUAUCAGCCCCUCCAUUCCUUCUGCCCAGAGGCCCAGUGAGGCCCAUGCCUCCCUGUGGCCUUGUCAGAAUGGCUCUGAGGACUCCCUGCCAGCCCCAUGGGGGCAGCUUUUAACUGGGGGAGACACGACGGCAAGAUGGUGGUCUUGGCAGCAGAACUAUUGGGCCCUGUGGCAAGACUAGACCAGGGCAAGACCCAGAAGCUGCCAUCAGGGAUCCUCCCCUUCCUGGCAUAACUGGGCUGCAGGCAGGCUCCUACUAUUGCCCCUGGCCUGGGGCAAGGGCACUGAGUGCCUGCCCUGCCCAUCUCAGCUGGGACAGGGCCUUCCUUGCCCUAUCAUGGGGUGCACGAUCUAUUUAUUCUGCCCAGCUCACCUUCAAUAAGACAUUGUCCUGGUCCUGGGGCACCUUCCUUCCCUCCUCUCCCUUGCCCUGUACUUCCCUGUCCCCUUUUUAUUUAUUGGGCAGGGGGAGGGGUGAGGGCACAGGCAAGAAGAGAUUCACAGUGUCCUGGGGCAGGGGGGUGGUCACAGUAAUCAUGAUCUGUCCCCUUCCCCUGGCUGGGGGCCAGACUCAAUAAAGAAAGAAACUCCAA